UUCUCGCUCGCCUCACUUGUUCACCCUGCAGAUCCGCAUCCUCUUCUCAGGGACCAGAGCAAGCCCCGGGCCCGUGCUCGCCUCUCAGCAUCCGUCAGACCGCUUGCAGAGAGCUGCUGUGGAUCUGCACCUUUUUUGGCACCGUAUAGGUCCGCGCUGCAAUUACGCGCGACUUUGGUGGAGAAACAGAAAAACAGAAUAGUGGCACAGGUCUCGUUUUGUGAGCUUGAGCAUAUACUUUUGAUUUGGUGUCUUCCUCUGUUGAUUUUGAACGAUUUGAAUUGUCCGUUUUUGAUCUGAAUAGAGGAAGCACACACAGUCGACUCUUUAUAGCCUGCACCGCUGCGCUUUUACGCGUGCAGACUGUAAGGAGCGCACCGCGGUUAGAGCCAGGGCUGCUUGGGGACGCGGAUAAACGCAGCCAGGGGGACUAAAAACAGACACAGAAACCCUAAAACAACAAGUGAGUGAUAAAUAACGAGGAAAAGGAAAAAUAGAGGGAGGGAGUUAGGAGGAGAGACAGUAGAGAGAGAGAGAGCAGGGGAGAGAGAAAGAGAGACACCCCCCGGGACUAGUCAGGAGAGCCGGCCCCCGGUCUGAGAGAAGGAGAGAGAGUGAGGAGUGAGGGAGUGUUUUAAAGCCGCCAGGAGGAAUGAUGUCCUACAUUAAGCAACCCCAUUACGCCGUGAACGGGUUAACGUUGUCCGGCCCGGGCAUGGAUCUACUCCACUCCGCCGUCGGAUAUCCCAGCACCCCACGUAAACAGCGCCGGGAACGCACCACCUUCACCCGCGCGCAGCUGGACAUCCUGGAGGCGCUGUUUGCCAAAACCCGCUACCCAGACAUCUUCAUGAGGGAGGAAGUGGCCCUCAAAAUCAACCUGCCAGAGUCGAGAGUGCAGGUUUGGUUCAAGAACCGUCGUGCCAAGUGCCGCCAGCAGCAGCAGCAGAGCACAGGCCAGUCCAAACCACGGCCUCCUAAAAAGAAGGCAUCCCCUACCCGCGAUACCAACGCGGAGGCCAGUGCCAACCCCAGCAACGGACCCUACAGCCCCCCGCCCCCUCCCCCGGGCACCGCCAUCACCCCCAGCUCCAGCUCUGCCACCGCCACCGUGUCCAUCUGGAGCCCGGCCUCCAUCUCUCCGCUGCCCGACCCCCUGUCGGCCUCCACCACCCCCUGCAUGCAGCGCACCAGCGCCUACCCCAUGACCUACACCCAGGCCCCGGCCUACAGCCAGAGCUACGCCGGCUCCUCCUCCUACUUCACUGGGCUGGACUGCAGCUCUUACCUGUCUCCAAUGCACCCGCAGCUGUCCGGCACCGGGGGAGCCCUGAGCCCCAUCACGGCCUCCUCAAUGGGGGGGCCCCUCAGCCAGUCUCCUGCCUCGCUGUCCUCCCAGGGCUACACAGCUGCCUCACUGGGCUUUGGAGCCGUCGACUGUCUAGAUUACAAAGACCAAGCUGCCUGGAAGCUGAAUUUCAACGCGGCUGACUGUCUGGACUACAAAGACCAGAACUCCUGGAAGUUCCAGGUCUUGUAGACAACAGGAAAAUGGGAUUCGGGGAGGGAGGGAGUUUGGGGGAAGAAGUGUGAAAUCAAAGAAAAUCAAAGUAGGGGGAAUAACCUUAGAUCACCUUUGGUAUUGUAAAGGAAAGAUGAGCACUUCAGACACAAUAUAUGAAUCAUAUCAGAUGAAGAACGAAUCAGCUGAAAUAAAUUCUUUAUAAUUUUUUCUCCAGAUAAACACAUGCAGGACUUAAAUGAUCCAUUAAUUCUUCUCUUGGUGAUUAUGACAGUAGCGUUUCAGUAAAACACCAGUCUUUAAAUCUGAGAAUGGCCACGUGUAAGGAUAACAAGCAUGAUUUUACAUGUAAAAUAAAACAUGAGUGGUUACAAAGAACAAAAGCUUUAUUUCUCCUUCACUGUGGACCAGACGAUCAAAAAUAAUUUGAUUUAAAUAGUGUCAAAAUAAUCUAUGGUGGACAUGCAAAACAAAGGCAAUUUGACUUGUUGUUGAUAGACGUUUUGCAGAUUUAUUUUGAAAUCUGAACCUGCAUAUUAGCCUUUGCUGGACAAAUUCUGAGGCAGAAGACAACCGCUAUUGCACCGUCAGCAACCUGGAGUCUGUCUGCAUCCAUAACGCAGGCAGCGCGGGGACUGAUGGGUCGCAGCACAAGCACAUCUUAUCUCAUCCAUCUAGACUCUGUCUUAUAUAUAUAUCUCAAAGCUUUGGGACAAACCCCUUGGUCAACUCUGAUGUCAAAAGGAAGUGUCUUAAGAGGGAGAUUGCUAGUUCAUUUCCACAUGAGAGAAGCACAGCAGGCACAAGUUGAUGGUUCCCAGUAGCCUUGUAUGAUACUAACCUUCUGCAGCCUGUGUGAUAGAAGAUGAAGGGGAAGAAUCAAAACCAGCUCAAAACCAGUGACUGCAGAACAAACCUGUUGCCUUUGAGCAUGGUUCAAAUAAUCAGCACAAUGGCUCGUACAUUGUUUGUUUAAUAGGAUCACUUCCGCACAAUAUGGGCAACAAUGGUCACAUUGUGGCCAUCGGCAGCCAAGUAACAUUCCUCCUCUCAACCUUCGUCUCGCAAUAGCUGCGUGAGCUAAGCUGAUUGUUGAAGCAGUUCUUGAAUGUGCUGCUCCAGUAAAGUAUUUGAUUGGGGAGAAGACUGCACCGGAGAAAGGGAAGGGACUGGGCCGCCAUGCAGCCCCACCCCUUUGCACAGAGUGUCAGGUGUGUGUCUGAUCUCCAACCUGUAAAGAUGUGACACCACUUUUUGUGUUUGAUGUUUUCUUAGAUUUUUUUUCUUUCUUUAUUAGACUUAAACAAUAUUAUGUUUCUUUUAAAAAAAUUGUGAAUUUGUUUAAGUAAAAAUUGUGGUAAUUUGUUUGAAGUCAAUAUUAUCAGUAUUAUUACUAUCAGUAUUAAUAUUAUGUCUUCAGCUGACAUGGACGUUGCUAAUAUACAUUUUUGUUGUUGUUUUGUAAAUAUUAAACUUGAAAAUGCAAUCAUGUCUGGUAUCAGCAGCGUGUUGUUACACAGGCACCCAUCCAACAGACUCUUUCUUCUUCUUUCUUUAAAUCAAAAAAAAAAAAAGACGACAAAAAACUGCCAACUUUUUACUGUUUUUGUUUUUCUGGUUUCUGCUUCUUCUUCUUCUUCUUUUCAAACUCAGGGGUUUAUCCAAACAAAGAAGCAGUAAUAGGACAUAACAGUGUUAAUGCUUCUUAAGCAUUUAAUGUAUUUUUAUCUUUUGCAUUAUAAUCUCUGCUUAUUUUUCUCAUAUGGGUUAUUUUGUAUAUUUCUUUUUUUCUCUUGUGUUUGACCAAUCUCACCAUUACUAUGCUAGAUAGCUAUGAUGUUUCUGAGACAUUAAAUAACUUCAUUAAAACUCUGGGGUCGCU